AUGAACGUACCUGCCCGCAUACUGGCUGACACUGGCGCCAACCUCAGUGUUAUCCAUAGACGAAUGGCAGAACGUUUGAACUUGAAGGUGGACACAUCCAAACGAAUCGGCAUCAAUGGUCUCGGUCCGAAUUGUGUCAGCACUUUUGGCAUGGUGACAAUCAAGCUUACCAUCGCGCGCGGCAUUGUAUUCAUCUUCAGCUUGGCAGUGUGUGAUAUCGGGCCGGUGGAGUUUGAAAUGAUACUCGGGAUGGAUUUCAUGUCCAAGGCUGGCUUCGUCAUCGAUACCGGCAAUCGAGAAAUUCAGCUUCCAGAUGGAGAGUACGUCCCUCUACUCACGGAAGGUAUCAAGUACGAAACCUCGUUUCUCUCUUACGUCAAACUUCGGUACACUAUGGAACUGGGCGCUGGUGAAUUCAUGACGAUGGACCUCCCUAAACUUAACGAUGCUCCAGUCAGUGGUGUGGAAUACUGGGUGGAUCGUUCAGCACGGUGGGUUCCCUCGUUGUGUGCAGACUCGCAUGGCGUUCCCUGUGCGUACAAAGUGACCAACAUCAGCAACAGGCUUCUCACUCUGUCGGCUGGGACUAUCAUUGGGGCCGUGGCCCAGGUUGGUGUACGACCACUGAAUUCUCGCAUGGUUCGCACAACGAGCAAUCGAUACAAGGAGUGGCAAGUUGAUGUGUGGGAAGGGAGUGUGUCCUGCAAAAUCCAACGAAUGCUAAACCAAAUGAGACACUUCAACCAAGCGUACGAACCCCCCUCUGUCGUGCACCCUUCAUAUCCGAGACCUACGCGCAUCCUACGAAGGGGAAAUCAAGAAGGCUCAGCUCCGCUUCCAUCGAUAACCGAAGCCGACUCGGAUGCAGAAGAUGUGAAUAAACGAGACAUGCAGGCAACCUCAGCAUUACCACCCAACCCACCCAACCCGGCUGACUGCCUAGCCCGUACACCCGGGGCAUCCAGGGGAGGCUGGGCAGGUUGA